GAAGUGAGGAAGGAGCUGAGGGCCAGAAGUGACGUGAUCCCGGUGCCUCCCGCUCUAACAGUUGCCAGCCUAAAGCAAAAUGGCGCCCCUGGACCUGGAGAAGUACGUGGAAAUCGCCCGGCAGUGCAAGUAUUUACCGGAGAAUGACUUGAAGCGCUUAUGUGAUUAUGUGUGUGAUCUGCUGCUGGAAGAGUCAAAUGUUCAGCCCGUAUCUACUCCAGUUACAGUCUGCGGAGAUAUACAUGGACAGUUUUAUGAUCUAUGUGAGCUGUUUAGAACCGGAGGCCAAGUCCCUGACACCAAUUACAUAUUUAUGGGAGACUUUGUAGACCGAGGAUAUUACAGCCUGGAAACGUUCACCUACCUUCUUGCUCUGAAAGCCAAGUGGCCCGACCGCAUUACACUGCUGAGAGGGAAUCACGAGAGUAGACAAAUCACACAAGUAUACGGAUUCUACGAUGAGUGCCAAACAAAAUAUGGAAAUGCCAACGCAUGGCGGUACUGUACCAAGGUGUUUGAUAUGCUGACAGUGGCAGCUUUAAUAGAUGAGCAGAUUCUCUGUGUACAUGGUGGGCUGUCCCCAGACAUAAAGACUUUGGAUCAGAUCCGGACCAUUGAACGUAAUCAAGAAAUCCCUCACAAAGGAGCAUUCUGUGACUUGGUAUGGUCAGACCCAGAGGACGUGGACACUUGGGCUAUCAGCCCCAGAGGGGCAGGUUGGCUGUUUGGUGCAAAGGUCACCAAUGAGUUUGUGCACAUAAAUAACCUGAAACUUAUCUGUCGAGCGCAUCAGCUAGUGCACGAGGGCUACAAGUUUAUGUUCGACGAGAAGCUGGUAACCGUCUGGUCUGCCCCAAACUACUGCUACAGGUGCGGCAACAUUGCGUCCAUUAUGGUUUUCAAGGAUGUGAACACACGGGAGCCAAAACUGUUUCGUGCGGUCCCAGAUUCGGAACGAGUGAUCCCACCCAGAACCACCACACCGUACUUCCUCUGAAGCCUCUCCACCUGUUGUGUACUGUGCUGGAAACUUUUUUUUAUUUUAUUUUUUGUCUGUUUUAAGCACUUUGCUGCUGAAAUGCUGCAUCUUGCCUUUCUUUUAACUUAUCGAACAUGAAGUGAAUGUGUGUAUUUUUAUUUUAUUUUUUUCCUUGAGCAAUUGUACUGCUAAUUGAGCACCUACUAGUAGACAGUAAAGCUUUCUCCACUUCCCUUCUUAGUUUUGGUUAGGCCUUAAAGGGGUUGUCCCAUGACUAAUGUAAAAAAUGAAAAUCGGACAUCAAAGUACAUGAGGAUCUCUUUUCUAACAGAAGCAGCCCUGCACCUCACAUGGAUCCAGAGAUCUCCCCAUUCACUCAUCUGUAGAUCUAUAUCAAGCUGGCAGCUGUUUUGCUGGUGAAGCUAAAGGGGCGCGGAAAAGCACAAACAGCAGGUGGUGCUAUACAGAUAUAUUUUGAGUCUGUGGCUAGGCUAGAUUUUUAUUUACUUACAAAAGUAUUCAGAUUCAGGUGCUGGUUUGAAAACGGUAGAAUAUUUUUCAUGGGAAAACCCCUUUAAAGGGUUUGUCACCCCAAUUUUCGCUAUUAAGCAGGCUGACAUAGAUGUGAAAAA